AUGGCAACAUACGAACAGAAUUAUUGUCGAUGGGAGUUAAACAUUGAAGGAUGUAAAGAUUAUCCUUUCUUUCGUAAAAAUAUAGAAGUAGAAUUAAUAUUAGUUAUAAUCACAUUCAUUUUAAGUACCAUUUUAUUACUUUACAGAAGAAUAAAGCUUAAUUGUAUCAUAUGGAAUGGUCAAUGUUUUUCGGCUAUAGAUGGUUUUUUAUUUUGGGCUGACAUUUGGUGUAUUACAAAAGUAAUAUUUAUUUCCAUACAAUUAUCAAAUCUUAAAAACGAUUAUUUAAGACAUUUUUUAUUUGAACUUAUGGCUUUCCCUCCGAUUAUCGCUGUUGCAACUUAUACUUCAGGAUUAUUCUAUGCCAUACCAAGAAUGAAUUUUCAUCAUCGUUCGUCACAAGAUCAAGAAUCAAAACAUAUUUCACAGAGCAAAAUAUAUCGUUUUCGUCCAAAUGUAGUGUCACUCAUUUAUUGGAUGUUUGUUUCGAUCUUUUUCGUAAUGACUUUCAUUCCUGUAAUGAUUGCUGCUAUCGCUAAACAAAAUCAUAAUCGGAAAUUGGAAGACAUUUGUUGGGCUUUUCAUCUUUUGAUAUUUUCCAUAGCAUUUGGAAUAUUGGCCGUCAUAUUGGUUAUUUACAGUCGAAUGCUGGUACGUUUUGCUGAAGAAUCAAUAUCAUCAUUAGUACACGAUCACGAAAAACGACAAUAUAAGAAAUUCGCCAACAUGAUGAAAUUAUUUUAUAAGACGUUAAUAUUUGUAUUGGGAUGGUAUAUCUUGGGAAUAGCGUUACUUGCAUUUUUUAGAAUGCAAAUUAAUUCUAAUGAAGUAUUAAAGAAAUUCUAUGCUGUUAUGAUCGAAAUUUCUUCUGUCGUAGCAGCAUUGGUAAUUAUUUGUACAUUAUUAAUUUGUUCAAUAUCGAAAAAUAAUAUCACAGUAACAUGGUCGGCGUGUCAAAAGAAAGGUCCUAUAAUAAAGUGUAAUGAUGAAGAUGUCAUUGAAACAGGCGAAGCCAUCGUAGUUGAUACGAGAACUUCUUGGUAUAUCGGUUGUACGAGAGUUCAACCACCUCCACCUCCUGCACAACGAUCUCCCAUCAUUUAUCCCACCAUUUAUGAAGAGCCUGAAAGCAUGUCAAAAUGA